AUGGAUUCUUGUAAUAUUGGGCUUCUGUUUCGUCAUUCUCGAAUUCCAUUCCUUUUCUCCACUCCAUCUCCGCAGCAUCAUGAGGAUAGCGUUCCGAUUUUACCAGUGGGGGAGUAUUACUCCGUCCCCAUCCAUGAAGUACCAGCAAUAGUUCGAACAGAUGACCUUGAAAGAACCAAUUGGUUCCUAUCCAGAGUGAAUGAGCUCCCGACAACCGUCAUCGGCUGCCAGAGGUGGCGGCCUGAACUGGAAAACCUUGGAGGAGAGCAGAACCAGGCGGCGGCUCAGCGAAUCGGCGACGUGCGGCAGCCGCUAGGCUCGGCUUGCGCGUGGUGCGAACCGUCGGGAUUUGGCGGCGAUUCAAAGGUUCGACUCAGCGGGUGGUCGAACCUUGUCGUGGCUGGCCGUCGGGAAAAUCAAACAGAUCCGGGUAGCCGGUGGCUCGCACGCGAACGACCGUCCGAUUUACCGGAGGCUCUCGCGUUGACAACAGAAGUAAUAUCGGUCACAAAACGACCGUCCGAUUUACCGAGAAUUGAAAAAUCUACCUUUUGGAGACAGCGGCGCGACUGGGGGAGACGAGCCGCGAGACGUCCAGGCGUAGGCGCGGAUAUCGGCAGCGUAGGAGAUUGCGUCCCGGAGAAGAUGAUUCGUUGUGCGGAUGAACGGAUUCAGGGUUCGGAUCGGCGGGAAGUAGAGGGUGAGCGGCGCCGCCGAGAAAGCCACCGUGAGAAAAAGCUCCAGCAUCGA